GGUGGCUUGAACUGCGUCUGCGCAAAUCUUAUGAAGUCGGCUUUUGCACAAGUUGUCACUGGGUAAUUAAUAUUAAAAAUAUAAUCUUAACUUUUUUUGUAAAAGACUACCGAUUCCCCAGGAAUCGACUACGAAAGAUUAUAUCGUACGUAAGCUGGCGAGAUAGAGUUUUCCUAAGUUUUAUUGGGAGCGAGCCAUGAACCAAUUUGACCAUUUGAAGGACGACGACACCGGAGACCAGGACAGUUCGGCAGUCCUGCGAGAAGAGAAGAGCGAUGCGGAGAACAGCUCCAUCCCGAACAGCAACGGGCGGCGGAAGACCAUCUCCCCGGGAGCAGGGGAGCAUCCUCUGCAGUACAAUUACACCUUCUGGUACUCGCGCCGAACCCCGAGCCGACCCGCCAACACGCAGAGCUACGAGCAGAACAUCCGGCAGAUUGGCACUGUGGCCUCGGUGGAGCAGUUUUGGAAGUUUUACAGCCACUUAGUUCGACCCGGGGAUCUGACAGGUCACAGUGACUUCCACUUAUUCAAGGAGGGCAUCAAGCCCAUGUGGGAGGACGAAGCGAACAAGAACGGGGGCAAGUGGAUAAUCCGUCUGCGGAAGGGCCUGGCGUCUCGCUUCUGGGAGAACAUCAUCUUAGCCAUGCUGGGAGAGCAGUUCAUGGUGGGGGAGGAGAUCUGCGGCGUGGUGGUGUCCAUCCGCUUCCAGGAGGACAUUCUGUCGAUAUGGAACAAGACGGCCAACGACCAAGUGACCACCUCCCGGAUCCGUGACACGCUGCGGCGCGUUCUGAACCUGCCUCCGAACACCAUCAUGGAGUACAAGACCCACAACGACAGCCUCAAGGACAAUUCCAGCUUCCGCAACACAAAGAUCACGUUGUGAAAGCGGCGGAAGCGACCAGAACCGAAUGCAUCCCCUCCCCUUCUGCUUCAACCAAACUAGACUGACUUUGGUGUCACUCCAAAUGAAUGGGAACACAUAACGGGACGGACUGGGAGCAUCUGCUCUCCACACUGAUUCUGCUUCUCAAGGAACCCCCUCGAGACUGACAUCAUCCAUGACUUUCACUGUUGAUGGCGUUUUUGUUAGUUUCCGUUUGCCUUUUGUUUGUUUGUUUGUUUUUAAUGUUUGGGAGUAACCCACAUAAUUCCUAAACCUAUGAAUUUACUGUUUACACUGUUCUUCAAUGACUGGAGAAAGAUAAGCAUUCAGAUUAACCUGAAUUUACUCAGCCUAAAUUAAUACCAGUUCAUCAGAGGAAAUGUCCAUCAGCAGGAAGAGACAUGAUUUUGUUUUAAAGAUUGUUACGUUUGUGCUAGUUUUCGGUGUAUAUUUUUGCUGUAAUUAAGCCUUUUUUUAAGACACGUUGCGGUAUAAACGACGACAAAUGUAUGAAGUUGCAAAAUAUGUCCAAACUAGUGCAUGAAUGAAAUGACGCUAACUUUUAUUGUGUGGACGUGAAUGUAAAUGUUUUAAGGGUG